AUGGCCGACCACCCAACAUCCCGCCUCGUUCCCAAACGCCCCUUGACCAAGCCCGCGACGUCAUUCGGCAGCAGCGUCGACGAGAAGCCCUCGGAAGCCCGCGGCACGCUUGUACUUGCGCCACCGCCUCAGCCUGCUACCAAGAAGAGAAACAAACAAGAUUCCGGCUCCGUCGUGCGGCAGUUCAACUCGCGCCAAGAGCCCUCGCCAUUCCUUGACUCCACCUACAUGGAGCGGAGGGCGAAGGCAUUGAGCGUCAUGCGCCAGCCUGCAUCGGAAUAA